AUGUUUCGUUUAACUAAAAAGUUAACGGCUGCAUUCUCAAAAACUGCACAAAGUAAGACAAAUAACAAAGUACAAAGUGUCUUGAUACUUGUACAGGAACAAAGAUAUUCAAGUACCGGUCAGCCUGGUAAAUUCUCUGUAAAACAUGAAGAUGUUGGGAGGCCUUUAUAUUUUGAUGCACAGGCUACAACUCCUAUGGAUCCUAGGGUACUAGAUGCCAUGCUUCCUUACUUAGUCAGUUAUCAUGGUAAUCCCCAUUCUCGAACUCAUGCCUAUGGAUGGGAGAGUGAAACUGCUGUAGAAAAGGCAAGGGAACAAGUUGCAGAUCUGAUAGGUGCUGAUCCUAAAGAAAUAGUUUUCACAUCAGGAGCAACAGAAUCUAAUAACAUAUCAGUAAAAGGAGUGGCAAGGUUUUAUGCUCCAAGAAAGAAACAUGUUGUUACCACUCAAAUUGAACAUAAAUGUGUGUUGGAUUCUUGUCGAGCCUUGGAAGGUGAAGGUUUCAAAAUUACAUAUUUGCCUGUCAAACAAAAUGGCAUUAUUGAUUUACAAGAUUUGGAAAGAGCUCUAACUCCCGAGACUAGUUUAGUCUCAAUUAUGACAGUCAACAAUGAAAUAGGUGUAAAACAACCAAUCGCUGAUAUUGGUGCUUUGUGCAAGAGCAAGAAAAUAUUUUUCCACACGGAUGCAGCACAAGCUGUCGGCAAAAUGCCUUUGGAUGUAAACAAAAUGAAUAUUGAUUUGAUGUCAAUCUCUGGACACAAACUGUAUGGACCUAAAGGAGUUGGUGCACUGUACAUUAGACGUAGACCCAGAGUCAGGGUUGAACCCAUACAAAGUGGUGGAGGCCAAGAGCGAGGAAUGCGCAGUGGUACAGUACCGACUCCUCUUGCUGUUGGUCUAGGAGCAGCAUGUGAGCUAGCCAAGCAUGAGAUGGCUUAUGAUCAUGCAUGGAUGGAAACAUUAUCACAGAGGUUCCUUGACAAAAUUUAUUCGAAGUUAACACAUGUCAUUAGGAAUGGGGACCCAGAACACUCAUAUCAUGGCUGUAUUAAUUUGUCUUUUGCUUAUGUUGAAGGUGAAUCAUUGUUAAUGGCUUUAAAAGAUAUAGCUCUAUCAAGUGGUUCUGCUUGCACUUCUGCAUCGUUGGAGCCAUCAUAUGUCCUGAGAGCCAUAGGGACAGACGAAGAUUUGGCACAUAGCUCAAUCAGAUUUGGCUUGAGCAGAUUUACAACUAUUGAAGAAGUUGAUUACACAGCUGAGAAGACGAUAGGACAUGUAGAGCGUUUAAGAGAAAUGAGUCCACUGUGGGAAAUGGUGCAGGAAGGAGUAGAUAUCAAAACAAUUCAAUGGUCUCAGCAUUAA